ACCGCGAACAGUCAUGGCAUUAAAACAAAUACGUUUUUUCUGUUUUUUUAAUUGUAAUUAAAAAUUGUUUUAUAUUCUUUAUUUAUUAUCUUUAAUUCUUAAAUCCGUUCGAUUUGAGUUUCAUGUAUAAUAAUGACUAGUAAUAAGGCAGCAAAAGUGGCAGAAUUAUUUACAAAAACCAUGGCAACAACGAGAUGUUUUGAUCAAAACUUACGUAAGGUCAAAGUUGUAUGUUGUACAAAUGGAAAAUUACUUACUGAAUUUCAAGUAGGGCCUGAACAUCUAAAUCAGAGAGGAACUCUUCAUGGAGGAUUUAUAGCACAUUUAGUUGAUGCCAUAUCUACAUAUGCUUUAACAGCUAAUGAAACAGUUGAAACACGAGGAGUGUCUAUUGAUUUAAGUAUAAGUUAUUUAAAUGCUGCAAGAGAAGGUGAACAUGUGGAAGUGGAGGCUAUCACAAAAAAAUUAGGGAAAAAGAUAGCGUUUCUGGAAGUUGAAGUAAGGAAUAAAACAAAAAAUCAACUAUUGGCCAUAGGGCGUCAUACAAAAUAUAUUGGUGUUUAAAAGAUAAUAAUUUAGUUAUUUUACCUAAAUGUGAUAUAGUAGAAUAGUAUAACUUAUAAAAUGAAGUUGUGUUGUUAUCAUGUAUACAUUUUAAAUCUGAAUUAGCUAUAACGGCUUUGUCCUUGUCACUCCAUGUCACUUAUAUGUAACAAAACUAAGUAAUAUUUUAUGAGUUCAAUCAAUUGUUAGCUUUAUUUUUAUCUAGCUGUCUUGUUCAAUCUUUUCAGUGUGGUAAUACUCAAAACUAUGACUAAGAUAUAUUUAUAAAUAGAUAUUUUGUGUAUGACACUUGGAUUUUUCCUUUUCCAUAUCAUUUAUAGAAUGUGAAGUAUAAUCAUAAAAUUGUCCUGUGAAAAUGGUCUAUCAUUUGUAAUUAUAUAAGUAUUUAUUAAGUGGUGCAUAUUUCAAUGUUGCUUCAAAGAAAUCUUUAAAUACUAAAAAGGCAGAAGUACACUCAAAGUCAAAAAUAAUUUAUUGAUUUAGGUAACACAAUGUACACUUAUGAAUGUCAAAAAGAAGAUAAGAAUAUAGAAUUGUCAAGCUGCCUCUGCCAAUUUUGUUUCGCCUUAAUAUGAUUUUUUAGCCUACCUUUAGUAGGCACAUCACAUAUGGACCAUUUUGCUAUGCUACUCUAUAGAAGUUAGUUUUUCCAGAAUAAAACUGUUUUAUUUCUCUCUCCAUAAAAGCCUUCCUCAGAGUUCAAGGAAAAAAUUCAAAUUGGUCCAGCCAUCUUUGAAGUCUGGACUUAGCCACAUAUGUUGCGAUUCAUUUUAAUUAAUAUAGAUAAUGCGGAAAUGAACAGAUUCAGAUACUUAACGUUAUGACAUAGUCACAAAAGCUCCACAAAAUGUCUAUUACAAUUCGCACCACAGGACUGAA